GGACCACGAAAACAAGUUAGUGAAGCCUCAGUCUGAACGCACCCACCGGAGUCGGUCCAACACGAGAGAAACACGCCAAAGUCAACAAACUCGAUGUUAUGACACAGAUUUAGGAACUUUUUACGGACUUUCUCCUGACAUACACCGAAUUUAGGACUUUUAAAAACGACGCGCUUUAUCUCGCUUUUCACGUAUCGGUGAUGCCCGCUGGUAUGUUCAGUAUCGACAGUAUCCUGGCCGGGAGACCCACUUGCAAGGACUCGGUGCUCCUCCAUCGGAAUCCCCCAGUGGUGUUCUCGAACCUCACGGAUUCCAUCUACACCGCUACCGAUUAUAAUGGACUCUACUCGCACGCAACUGGACCUUCUCCCCCGGGCAUCCAGGCGGUGAACGGGACUAGAAUAGGAUAUAAUAACUAUUAUUACGGACAACUGCAUGUGCAGGGCCCCAAUGGCCCUGCGUGCUGCAGCGCUAUCCCAACCCUCGGCUCGCAACAGUGCCCGUGUAUUCCAACAGGUAGAUUGCCCUUCUUAAAAGUUAAAAACUCUGCAUGUUCCUUUGGUGAUGGAAAAUAUAACGUUGCCUGUAAUAAUAUAAUAAUAAUAAUAUAAUAAUAUAAUAUGCCAUUUAGCAGACGCUUUUAUCCAAAGCGACUUACAGUCAUGCGUGCAUACAUUUUUGUGUAUGGGUGGUCCCGGGGAUCGAACCCACUACCUUGGCGUUUCAAGCGCCGUGCUCUACCAGCUGAGCUACAGUAAUGACACUUAAAAGUUAAAACGUUAGGUUUAUAGGGGAUGGUAGAUAUACUGUAAAUUGGUUGGUGUGUUAACUUAUGAAUGCGCCCAUUGCACAAAAUUACAAAAACAGUCAUUUUGGUACCUACUGUAUAUAGCCUAUCUAAGAAGCCUAUCUGUUGGAUAGCCUACUCUAAUUCAGUUGAACUUUUACGCAUUAACUAAAACUUUGUGUAGAUGGGAACAUGGGAUGCGUAGGCUAUAUCAUACAUGUGUAAAAGUGUUGUUUUUGGUUUGUGCUGAGUUUUUUUUCGUUUGGUUAAUUUGUGAUUUUGUCUGUAGGCCUAUUGGGUGUGGUGCGAAAUUAAUUGCCUAAUUUCCUAAUGUAAUCUUUGUUUAUUUCUCCAUGCAGGUUAUGACAGCACAGGCUCCGUGCUCAUCUCUCCCGUCCCGCACCAGAUGAUGUCCUAUAUGAACGUGGGCACCUUGUCUCGGACCGAGCUCCAGCUCCUGAACCAGCUCCACUGCCGACGUAAGCGGAGACACCGAACCAUCUUCACCGACGAGCAGCUCGAGGCCCUGGAAAACCUUUUUCAGGAGACCAAGUACCCUGACGUCAGCACACGGGAACAGCUCGCGCGGAAAGUGCACCUACGGGAGGAGAAGGUCGAGGUGAGUGCAUGCACGGGCCAGUGUUGCUGGCUGUCCAUCCCCCCAUAUACAUUAGGCUGCGUUAAUUUUCAGAAUAUAUGUGAAGGAUCUCUCCACAUUUUAAGAAAAAAAUAUAGGUAUCAAUACAGAACGUUCGUUUCACAUUGUAACAAAUUACACUCAUAGGCCUACGUGAAAGGACACAUUCUAUCCAAGCGUUAUACGCACAUAGUAAUAGCGAUUGUUCUCGUCUUUCUAGUGCCAAAAAUAUAUUCGAUUAAGCCCAAAUUACGUUACAAUUACUUUACAACACGGUCUAACAAAUAUUUCAUACAAAUUACAAAUAUUGUAUCUUCUAUUUUCGCAUAGGUGUGGUUCAAAAACAGACGAGCGAAAUGGAGAAGGCAGAAAAGGUCGUCCUCGGAAGAAUCUGAAAACUCACAGAAAUGGAACAAAUCGACGAAAAUAGCCACAGAAAAAACCGAGGAAAGCAAAAGUGACGUGGAUUCUGACAGCUGAUAUUGGUCUAACACACAAAAAAGAGAAAAGACCGUUGGUUGCAUAUAUGCGCAAAUCUUGCAGAUAUACACCAAUACAUACAAGAUUUUGACUUUUUGUACAUAGUGUAAAUGUCAUGUGGACUGAAGUAAUGAAAUGUGUUGCCAUGAUGUUGCACAGUUGUAUAGUAAAUAUUACUUUUAUUAUUGCUAUGGGGUAGGCUAUUUAUAUUUAAUUUAAAGUUUAAUGUUAUGCAUACCAUCCCGAAGAUGUGGUGUGCCAGGAGCCUGGACCAAUUUUCUGGUGUGUCUCAAUACUUCGCGAUCUGACAUGACAUCUCAUAUUGAUAUUACUAAAUGUUAUAAAUCUGAUAUUGUUUUAUUGUACUUGAGUGGUGUAUUCAUCAUCACGAUAUACUGCAAAGAAUAUUCUGAAACUACACCAAUGGGAGAAUAUAUUUUAGAGCUUACUAGACGGGGGCAACCUUUAUAAGAUAAAUGGACAGUAGUAUAUUUGUCAACUCUUUACUAUACCUACAGACGUGUUUGGGGAUUUGACUGAAACGUUUUGUCUAUAUGUUGCAAUUAACGAUAAUUACAGUAAGAAUGAAUAUACAUUAAAUCAUAUCUGAAUCAUCUCUAUUUCGUUUGUCUCCUUUCAACUAAUGUAUUUUUCUAUUUAUAAUAAUAUUAUCUAGUCAUUUUGGAAAUGAAUAUACUAUAUAUUUACAUUAGGCUAAUGUGGGUUGUUUUCCAGACGCAAGUCAAUUGAAAAAAGACGCACCGCAAAAGACACGCUUUUGCUUGGAAAUAAUACUUGCAUAGUAGUGGCUUAUUUCAGGAAAUAAGUCCUAAAUGGUGCAGUUGAUAUGGAGCUUCUAGUCUUCUUAUAACAUUUUCUAGAAUGCGUCGUAUUGGUAGAAUACAAAUUCAAUUAU